AUGGUGAGACAUCAGAACGUAGUCUCUGGAAAGCUUAUUAGCGACGAGGGAAUGGAUCAAGAAGGCAAAAAGGCAGAAGAAAUGGAGUUGGAAGAAUUUGAAGCAUUCAAAAGCUUUAGCGCUAUGAGGAAAUUGCAAAGCGAAAGACAACUCCAGAAAGAGAAAGAAUGGGAUCGAGUUUCGGUCCACACAGACCAACUGGAACACUCUAACGAAGAAGUAAAGGAGUCAAGUCCUCAUGAAAAAAGAUCAAGGAAGAAGGAGAGAAAUCCAGGUCGACUAUCAAAUGAAGAAGGCGCUCAUAAAAGACAAGAAAAGUUACCUCAAGUAACAGAAGAAAAUUAA